CCGCGGUUGUGCAGGUGCGCGAGCUCUUCAAUGCGGAGGUUUUGUAAUGGCAUAUCUUGACAACAACAAACAUCUUGUAAACAAUUUUAAUUUGAAGAUACACACAGAGAAGUCAUGCCUAGUGCUGGGGCAGUUUGUCCCCCUACCGUCACCCCUCUUCGGAGGCCCAUAUACGGCCAGUCAUCAACACAUGUUGACACCUCAACACUCAUAGAAAUAGUCUGUGAAACACCACAUACGAAAAUAUACUUCACAGCAGAUGGAGCCAAGCCUAAUCCACGUCAACGUAAAAUUGGUGGGCGCGUUGUUACUCACAGAUACACAGACCCAUUUACUCUGAAAGAUGGAAAAAGAGUUUUAAAAGCCAUUGCUGUUUCCAGAGAUGGGAGAGAGAGUGAUGUGAUCACACGAACAUACAAUGUAGAUGACAUUGGCAAGAUCAACGCAAGCCCCAUCCCUGUCACCUCAACUUCUGCAUCGUCUUCAUCUGACCAUGACUCCUCUGACAUGUAUGACUCUGAUGGCUGGGGGCUGACAGAUUCCACUCUAAGAAGCAGCAAUUCCAGCAAAUCCAAGAAGAAAAGCAAACCCAAGAAAAAGAGCAAAUCGCCCACACGCACUCUACGUUCAAGGUCAAGAUCAAAGUCACCCGGUCGAGCACCGAAAGAAGCUUGGGCGAGUGCUGGGAUUACGCAGUCAUUAAACUCAGGGGCAUUUGGAGAGAAUACACAUCCAAACCCGCCAAUUCCUGAUGGUCCCUUUAACCCGACCAACUACUCAGGGACUCAGAUAAAUGUGUGGGGAGGUGCCCCACCCCCUUUCGUGCAGGGUGGGACACCCGGGGCCGUAAAUUUUGGUCAGCCUAACCUGUGCAACCCAUACACAACACAGUAUGGCUACCUCACUGAAAACAUGGUCCAGAAUUGCAACCCAAACACCAAACAUGUGACAGUUGGCGACCUGAAAAACAUGAUGCGAAGUCGUCAGCCUCCGCCCCAGCCUGCAGUUGAGGCCCCUCCUCCACCUCCAGAGCCUCAGAAAAUUGAGGUGCCCGUGUGGAAGGAUCCCCCACUGAACCCUGUCAGCCCCGGAGGAGGUGACUACAAGGGGAACCUUCUCCAUAUCUACGCACAUCUUAUUGACUUUGCCAACAACCAUAAGGACUUCAGACACCCAAUAUCCGAACCAAAGAUGGGCAAGGUUUUGGAAGCCAACUUCAAAGAUGAGCAGGACUGCUAUGAGCUUAGACUUGUUGUUGCAAAACCAGGAAUACCACGAGGGUCUGUUCGUAAACCCCCAAAGGUUGAGAAGAAGAAGAAAGUUGAGCCACCUAAGCCCAAGAAGGAAGAAAAGAAAAAAGAAGAGCCCCCAAAACCAAAGCCCAAGAAACCUCCAACACCGGAGAAGGACCCAUUCUUUGCUAUGGAGACGGAGAACUUGAACCAAGAGGGCACAGUUAAGGCGUAUGCUAAGUUUAACGCUGAGCAGGAUGCGGAGGUUCUCCACAAGGCAAUGAAGGGUUUGGGUACUGACGAGGAGGCUAUCAUAAAUGUUGUCUGCUACCGCUCCAACACUCAGAGACAAGAGAUCGUCUCCACAUACAAGACCAUGUUUGGAAAGGAUUUGAUAGAGGAUGUGAAGGGAGACCUGAGUGGUCAUUUUCUGGACACAAUUAAGGCCCUUCUGAUGGCUCCGGCUGAGUAUGAUGCCUACCAGCUGAGAAAGGCCAUGAAGGGCCUCGGAACGGACGAAGAUGUGCUCAUUGAGGUCCUCUGUACACGGUCUAAUGCCCAGCUCAAGGAGGUGAUACGGGUGUACAAAGAAAAGUUUAACCGUGAUUUGGAGAAAGAUAUUAUAUCGGACACGUCUGGCCACUUCAAGAAACUCCUUGUCUCUCUGGUACAGGCUAACAGGAGUGAUAGUAGUGAGGUUGACCGAAACAAGGCGAAACAAGAUGCUAAAGACCUGUACCAGGCAGGAGAGAAAAAGUGGGGAACAGACGAGUCCAAGUUCAACACCAUUCUUGUGACACGCAGCUACCCUCAGUUAAGGGCAACUUUCGAGGAAUACAAGAAUGUUUCAAAGAAAGAGAUCGAGGAAGCACUUAAGAGCGAGAUGUCUGGAGACCUGUUACGAGGGAUGCUUACUGUGGUGAGAUGUGUGAAGAACAAGUUCAGCCACUUUGCGCGACAGCUCCAGAAGACAAUGAAAGGGAUCGGCACAGACGACGAUACACUCGUGCGCGUGGUCGUAUCUCGGUGUGAGAUUGACAUGGUGCAAAUUAAGGGAGAAUUCCAGACACUCACCAGUCAGACAUUGGAACAGUACAUAGCUGAUGACAUAUCAGGUGACUACCGGGAUGCCAUUCUUGCACUGGUUGUUGGUGGAGACCCCCCAGACACUUCUUCUAAAUCUGGCCAGGGUUUUGUUGAGGCAGUGAAGCAGAAGACCGAGGAAGAAUUAGAUGAAGAUAUACGUAUGGAGUCUGAGCCCCCACAAGAAGACCCCACACUUGUUCCGGCAGAAAAUUUUAAUGCAGAGACUGAUUGUGAUGUCCUCAAGAAGGCAAUGAAAGGAUGGGGCACUGACGAGGCUGCCAUCAUCAAGGUCCUGGGUUACCGAUCAAACGAACAAAUGCAGCAAGUCGUAAGCUCAUACAAGACCAUGUUCGGUAAAGAUCUGAUUGCCGAACUAAAGAGCGAGAUUAGCGGAGGAUUUGAGAAACUUGCUGUGGGCUUGUGUAUGUCAUCGGCUGAUUUUGAUGCCAUGAAUUUGCAUAAGGCUAUCUCUGGUUUGGGGACGGAUGAGGAUGUACUAACCGAGAUUAUCUGCACAAGAUCAAACAAACAACUAACUGACAUCAAGGCUGCCUAUAAAGCCAAAUACAAUGUAGAGCUGGAGAAGGACGUGAUAGGUGACACAUCAGGUGACUACAAGCGUAUAUUGGUGGCGUGUCUGCAGGCCAACAGGCCGGAGGGACUGGAGUUUGAUAGGACGAAGGCCAAACAGGAUGCCCAGGCACUGUUCGAUGCUGGGGAGAAGAAGUGGGGCACGGAUGAAUCAAGAUUCAAUGUGAUUCUAGCAUCAAGAAGCUACCCACAACUGCGUGCCACAUUCCAGGAAUACGCCAAGAUUGCCAACAAAGACAUUGAAGAUACGAUAAAGAAUGAGAUGUCAGGAGAUCUGAAGAAGAGCAUGUUGUCUAUAGUUCGCUGCAUCAGGAGCAAGGCAGGCCACUUUGCUAACGAGCUUCACAAGUCUAUGAAGGGUCUGGGCACAGACGACGACACUCUGUGCCGCGUUGUUGCCUCACGGGCCUCCGUUGACAUGGUGCAGAUCAAACAGGAAUUCCAGAAAAUGUUUAAACAGACCCUUGGCAUGUUUAUUGCUGAUGACUUAUCUGGUGAUUACAAGAAGUUGGCGUUGGCGCUCAUUCGGGAAGAAAGUGCUGGCGGGAAGUAAUAGAUAGAUCUGCAGAGAAUAUAGCUGAUAUUACCCCAUUGCUUUAAUUCUUUUAGGAACUAUUUACAAUUAGAUAUAGCAUUUUCAUUUGCUAUUGAAGUUGGUAAUAAUGUAAAAUAUUGAAAUGAAUUUGGAGCAGAUAUCAAGUGAGUGGAUUUAGUUUGUCUCCAAUGUUUAUUCAACUUGCAUUUACUGGUUAUGAAAAAAGCUACCAGGACCAUUGCUUUAUAACUUGUACAUGUAUUUUAUUUUGGAAGUGGAUACCUGUAACUAGCUUGCAGUUUAAAUUGAUAAUCUUAUUUAGAAUUAAGUUGAACAUAUAUUAAAAUCUGUUCUUCAGCAUUUAGUUUACACUUGAUAUUAAAUUGACACAUUACGAAAAAUGACAAGCAUUAUUACCGGAUAGUAAACAGCAUUGUCACACAAUAUGUUUCAAUCAGUAACUGACUGGACUUACAGUUGUACACAGUGGUUUUGGGAUGACGUUCAUUUAAAAGGCCUAACUUAAAAGGGUUGUUUAAUUUUUUAUUGAUAAUUAUAAUGAUGAUUUGUUUACAUAAGGCAAACAACUACUUGAAUAAACAAGUAUAGAGCAACUAUACUGUCAAAUUUAUUUAUGGUAUGUUUUAGUUUCGAAUAAGAUUAUCACUUUAAUAAAUAUGAACAUUCAGAGAAGUCCACUUAUCAGUUUAGAGAUUGAUGAUCAUAAUCGUAUGUACAUGGAGAUUUAGAUCAGAUUAUAUAUUACCUUUAGUCAUGUUAAACUAUUAUUAUACAAAAAUAGUUCAAUGGCUUACAGAGUUUUUUGUCAUGUUAUUGUUAGUUUUUUGUCAGAUAUUUGUUAAAUUUGUUAGAUUUACUGCCAGAAUAAUAUUCAUUUUGACCCACACUAAUUCCGAAAAUUUGCUUCCAAUUAAUUUAUAAUCAGGUCAUAACGGUGCUUGUUUCGAGUGUUACAAAACCCCUAAAUAUUUUCUUAUGUUUCACUAGUCAAGGACUCGAGAGUCAUACAAUUUGAUAUUUGUGUUAAUUGCCCUACUAAUUAAGCAUGAAACUUUUUACUGAAAACUGAGAACAUCUUCAUUAUGAAGAAUGUGUCAUGUGAUAAAGAGAAUCUUAUAUUCGUUGCCAUUUAAAACAAACAAGAGUGUCCUUCGGGCCCUGGAUCGCUCACCAUAUACAAGAAACUCUGGCCAAGGAAUUUGGUCAGGUUCGGCCCAUGAUAAACUUUGGCAAACAUGGCAGAGAUUGUAUGGUUUUACAUUUCAUUUCAAAUUGGAUAUGGAAUGGUAAAUAUUUAAGAUACUAAAAAUGGUAACAAUGUUAAAAAUGGUGUUUUAUAUGAUAAAUCAUGGAAAAUAAUUCUUGACUCCUGGUCAGAUUCUUUCAAUAAUAAUACUUGGCCGAGAUUAUAUGAUCAUGCAUUUUUAUAUUAAAUAGGAUUAGAAUUGAUGAGGGUGAUAGAGUGGUUACAAUGGUACAUACAUUUAUUUAACAACCUUUUGAUCAGAUUUUUCCGAUUGUCAAACUUACCAUAUGCAUUAUGUCCAAGUCUAAAUAAGAUUGGUUCAGAUUUGUUGACGCUAAUGAACUAUUUGUGGACAAUGAAUGGUUGCUGGUCAAAUGGUGAUCACAAAAGCUCACCUUUGACCACUUACUGGUAUAUUAAUGUGUGUGUUAAAUGGCAACUCUUGUAAGAUCCUAUAGUUAUAUAAAAUGCCUGUCUGCUAAACUCAUAAGUCCUAUUUGUUUUCAGCAAAAUUAAGAACAUUAAUAUAUUCUAUUGAUUUUUUUUUCAUUCUAGUUUGAUAACAUGUUUUUAUGCUGUUUGUGACAAUUUUAACAUUUUAGCUGAUAAGGUAUAAUAGAUUUUGUAAAAGCAAAGUUUUAAGAUAACUAAUAGAUAUUUACACAAGUUUAUCAUUUACAACUGUUUUAAAGGACAUUUUUACAGUUACCUAUACAAUUAAACCUUUAAAAUUAUGAAAUUGUUUCCUGAGCUACAUGUAAACUUAACAUAUUGAUUUUUUUUUUAAGUGUCUUCAUACCCCACAAACUUUGUUCAAAGGGGCCAAAAUAUUGGAGUCACCAUACAAUGUUGGUCAGUCUGUUGGCAAAUAUUUGUGGAGUAAAAGACUCCAAAAGUUUUACAAUUUCCUUAAAGUUGUGUCCUUGAAUAGGAGCAGCCGACUCUAUGUUGAGUUUCAUGCUUGUGAACAUCAUUGCCAUAUUGGGGAUUUUUGAUUGACGUUGUGGCAUAUACUAUAUCAAAUUGACAAAAUCCUCACACGUCUUUAAUGAAAUUUUUCAACAUUUGCCCCAGUCAGUCAAUAACAUACUGUAUGUAGGCAAUGUAUGGGGGUAUUCAUCAUUCCUGUGAUAGCUCUAUUUUCAUUUGUUGUACCGUGAUAGUAAUUUAUUGCUUUUGUAAUAUUUAGAACGUUUUAUUUUGCUGCGUGUUAUAAUUUUUAAGAAAUAUUUACAUUUAUCUUACAAGUUGUUUAGAUUCUUGUACAUUUAAGCUGGAAGUCUGUUGUAGUUAAACAUUUAAUAAUAAAAAUAUUGA